UAGCAGCUCUGGGGCUAAUUUCUGGAGAUGCAGUUCUUACGGGGGCAGCUUUAGCUGAACUGAGGCCAUAUGAGCACAACCCAGAAUAUGUCCAUCAUGUAACCUUCCUCAGAGCAGCUGAAGCCACUGCGAGGAGUAAUAUGAAGGAAGCCAAGUUAAUCCUGAGCAAAGCCCUUCACCAGCACCCAGCCAAUGCUCCCUUGUGGCAGUCACUGGCUCGUCACCUUCUCACUAUGACUACCUCAUCCUCAGCCAGUAGCCAGAGGCACUGUAUGGCAGCUGCUGCCUGUGCUGCCUCUGCAACUAAGCUAGCACAGGCAGCUGGCCAGCAUAAGACCAUUGCACAGGAUUCAGUGGCAAGUGUCCUAGCUACAUUAGGUUCUGAAGGAUCUAAGAUUAACCAAAGUCGUGCUAGUCUUCGAGAAGCUCAAAGGGCAGUCCUCAUGUGUCCAGGAUCAGCAGAGGCUUGGACAAUGUUGGUGGCUGCUAGGGUGGCUGCAGGCCAUAGACACAAGGAUGUUGUUCGGUUGGCAGAGAUGUGGGCUCAGCAGGCACCACCAAAAGUGGCAAAGUGGUUGAAUGGCAUCGCAAGGCAGUAUGUUAAGGUUGCAUGA